AUGACAGUACCCGAUGACGAGAAGGAAUUCAUUGACCAAAUUCUGGUGGAACAUAAUACACGUCGGCAGAGGCACAGCGCCCCUAGCUUGGAAUACAACGAUGAAUUAUCUGAAAUGGCUCAACAAUGGGCAGAUAAAUUGGCCAAACAGGCGCAUAUCUCAUUCAGUGAACUAAGCGGUGUUGGAGAGAAUAUCACAUUCUUCCCUCCGGAUAUUGAUGCGGAAUCAGUAGUCGAGCACUGGUAUCAAGAGCACGAAAAGUACGAGUACGAGACGCCGGGGUGGCAGACUGGAACCAAUUACUUUACGCAAGUUAUAUGGCGAUCAACAAAGGAGAUUGGUGUCGGAUGUGCAUACGUAAGAAAAACACAUGAAAGUGAUGAAGACAAUACAUCGUGUUCGAAUGGAAGUGUUUGCAAGUCAAUGACAUCUCUUAUCAGCAAUGGAAAACUCGCUUCUGAAGGAGACAAAGUGAUUGUAGCCUUUUACCGUCCCGCUGGAAACAAUAAUCGAUCCGGACAGUUUGCUGCAAAUGUACUAAAACCAAUUCAUUAA